GUGCUAAUCUAUUAAUUCCUCCAAAGUUCCUAAACCGGAAGAGCAAGUUUACUUCUGAUACGCACGCAAGAAAAUGUAGUUCAGAAAUGAUCGCAGAGAUACGUAGCUGCCAGCGCCAGACCCCUUUCCUCCCUCCCUCGGGCGGAAGUGAAGGGUGUCCUUAGGCCACAAUGGAGGAAUUAGGUCGUUAGAGAACCGUAUUUCCAAGAAGCCCGAGGUGGUGUGUAUAAGCCUUCCAGAUGGUUUUCUGUUCUAGGCAAUUAUUAGACCCUUUUACUACAGCAAAAUUGCUAUGCAUUUACAAUUGGAGACAGAGGAUUCAUUUUUUGUAGGCAUGGCUAAUCCAAAUUCGUCAUCAAUAGAUGAAGCUGUAAAGCAAAUAGCCAAGCAACAACAAGCUCAAGCUGCUGAAAUAGAAAAGAGCAAGACUGUUCUUGUGAGGUUGCAGACUCAGCUUCAGGAUCUUGAGACACAAGUGAAAGGUGUUGUAGCAAACAGAAAGGCAACAGAAAGACAAAUUUAUCAUGAAGAUGAAGCCAUAACAAUUAUAAAAGAUCACUGUGAAAACCUGGAGAUUCAGAUCACAGCCUUGUAUGUAGAGAAUGUAAAGCUGGCAUUUGACAUGGAAAUGCUGCAAGAAGAGUAUAAAAUCAUGCUUCUAAGAAAUGGUGCCUACUACUCAAAAAUAGCUGCUCAUAGACACCAUUUUGUGGAGGCAGAAAACAAAUUGCCACUCAUGAUUGAGCUCACUAAAAAAAAAGCUGCGAUCAAAGAUAUGAUGACAAACAAAGAGGAACUAAUGUCUGUUCUUCAGAAUCCAGAAGUAAAUACUACUACCCCAGUCCAGGAUGAAGUUGUAUGUUUGGAAGCUGAAAUUGGUGUGCUGAAAGAAGCUAUCAGUGUAAAGGAAAAUGCACUUAGAGAUGAAAAAAAUGUGCAUGCUAGGCUUCGAAAAGAAUUUGAGGUGCAGAAUAAACGAUACGAAGCUAUACUAAAACGUUUGCACUCUCAAGUGAACAAAUUUCAGUCCAAUAAAAGACAGUGGCACUGGAACAUUCAACAAAUGGAAGAAAAAGUAGUGGAACUAAGGAAGCUCCUUGAAGUAACUGACUGAUAGGAUUCACUUUAGGAUACAGUCUGCUCUCUUUAUGGAACUUACAAUUCAUGAAACUUUCCCAUCUCCUGCUCUGCAUUUUCAAUUGAAUACUGCCCUUUUCCCAGUGAUAAUCUAGUAACAAAAUGUGCUUAUUUCUUACACAGCAGUGACUUUACAAUGCAUAGAAGCAGUGAACCUGGAAAAAAGGAGGUGUGCACAACCACCUGCUCACUCUGAUUUGCUGUUACUUAUAAAACCUUGUGCUAAUUGAAUUUAGGCCUCACAAAUAUAGUCUAAAAAACCAGCAGAUAGGUCUGAUUUGGGGUAAUUUUAUCACGUGCAAAACUAUACCUAGUCUGAAUCUGGGAAAUUCCUUUUUACCCAGGCUUUUGGCCCUUAAUUUGAACUGCUUUAGGUAUCGGUGGCCUCUUUUAAUGUGGCAGGGCUUGCAAGACCUGUCUUUAUUUGUACUGAUCUGUUUUAGGUUGUGUUGUGUUUGUUGUUUUAAUGGGUUUGUUGUAAUUGGUUUUAAUCUUAUUGUUGUAAGUCACUUUCUGUUGCUUUGCAAGGAAAAUGACUAAUAAAUAUAAUACAUUCAUAAAGCAAAA